AUGUGGUUGGUCCUGCCCAGUUGUGGAAGCUCAGCAAGAGUCCUUAUAGCACGUCAUCGGCUACGCUGCAUACCUACUUCCACGGCCCGGCAAGCAAUGAGCGGGCGUACCCGGAACGGGACGCGCAUCCAGCUACCGGCCCAGGCCGAACGGAGACCUCUCCUCGGGCGCCAUCGGACAACAGACACGGAUCUGCUCUACAGUUGCACCGCCAACAGCCUGCACAGCCACCUGCCCGUCUACACGAACAUCCAUCGCAUACGCAGGGAUAUCAUAUCCAUCGUCGAGGACUAUCUCAGUCUCGAGCAGCUGCGUGAUGUCAGGAUCAACAUCGCCGUCGUUCGGCCCCUGGUGGACAAGUUGUACGAACUAGACGACAUUUCCAUCGUCUACUGUUUGCUGGUCAAUCGGGCCCAGUUCUUGUAUGAGCAGUCUCACUUGAACAAUCGCCACAAUGUCAAUUUCAGCCGGGCGACGCUCGCCGAGCUCGUGGCGACGAGGAUUUUGAGGCGUUUUAGUGAGGACAAUGAGGGCGCCGACGGCUUGCUCCUGCUGUCCAACAUUCUGGUGGCCGGGUUUGAGCCCUUUCAGAACGCCCCGGAGGAGGUACGUGAAGAGGCCCAGGCAGCUUCCGACACGACCUACAACCGGACACUGCCUUCCUUGGAGAUUGCCAUCCUCACCGAAAGCAAGUACUUCCUGAGCUCGACGCCUUGUCAAAAAGUUGUCGAUGCCAUUUAUGAAGGGAGAAUCAUGUACACGCCAUCAAGCUACAUCGACAUCAUCCCUGACCACUAUAAACACAAGCCAAUCUCGCUCUACAACCCUCGUGAAGGCCCCAUGCUGAAUCAGUAUCGCCUCAUGGUACCGAGGACCAGGAACAUCCUUGACGUACUCUCCUUCUUGAUUCUCCUCUCAUUAUACCUCCUCGUCAUGGCAGAACGCAGCCCGGAACACUUUGGGUAUCUGGAGGCCUGCUUUGCUAUUUAUGCGUUUGGUUGGUCUCUUGAUCAAUUCGCGACUAUUCUCGAGCAUGGAUGGCACGUGUACACGCAGAAUCUGUGGUCCUUUCUAGAUGUUACGUUUAUCGGUAUCUACGCCGUGUACGCUUUUCUACGCAUUGAUGGUGCAUGGGUGGAUGACCUGGUGCCCAAGCAGCAGGCCCUCGACGUCCUCGCCAUGGCGGCGCCGGUCCUUGUACCGCGACUGGCUUUCAACCUGCUCUCGGACAAUAUUGUCGUCUUGUCGCUUCGCUCCAUGAUGGCUGACUUCUUCCUGCUGACAUUGCUGUCCGCCUGGUGCUUUGGUGGCUUCUUGCUGUCGCUGCUCUGGCUUGGGGAGGGCAAGCAUCCUCCUGUCAAGUGGAUGCUCUGGAUCUGGUUUGGUCUCGACGGUUCAGGCAUAGAAAAGUCGGUGCACUUUCAUUGGCUGCUCGGACCUGUCUUGAUGGUCGCUUUUGCCUUCCUCGGAAACACACUCUUCCUGACCAUUUUGGUGUCCAUGCUUUCGAACACGUUCAGCAAGAUUGUGGCCAACGCUACAGCGGAGAUUCAGUUCCGUCGCGCAGUGCUGACACUUGAAGGCGUCAAGAGCGACGCCGUCUUCUCAUACCAGCCGCCGUUCAACAUCCUGGCCGUCUUCCUAUUGCUGCCUCUCAAAUUCGUCGUCAGCCCUCGCUGGUUCCACAAGAUCCACGUGGCCAGCGUGCGAACCGUCAACUUGCCGCUUCUACUCAUCAUCGCCAUUGCAGAGCGGCGUGUCCUGUGGCCGGCAGAGACGUCGAAGAAGGAAGCGGCAAAUCACCUGAUUCCGAGGCUCAAACAGUGGUUCUGGGUCAACUGGCGCAUCACGGCGCACCGUGACAUUCGCGCCGUGUUUGACCUGCCGCCACCUGAGUCUGUCGAGGACGACAUUGCCGUGGAUGACGAGCUGACGCACCACCUCAUCCGUCGCCAGUUCACGCGGCAGCAGACAAGCGACUCCAUCCCCCAGAAAGGUCUCAACAGGCGGGACUCAAUGUUCCCGGGAGUGACGCCGAGGUUGCGCGGGUCGUUCACGGGGAGCGAGGACAUGCACGACGUCAACAGCCGGCUCGAGUCGGUUGAGGCUGCAACGGCGAGGAUAGAGAGCAAGGCUGGCGCAACUGUGCGGAAACCAAAAGCGACAAUUCCGAGUCCAAUCUAG